CUAUUGCAAUAGCUCAGUUCCAAUUCUCACGCUCGCCCAUCCGAUUGGUUAAACGGUUAAAAACAAUUUAGACAGAAGAACGUUGAGGCGCGUUUGAGAAACAUUCGAAGCAAUUGACUAAACGCUUUUAGAAAAUUAUAGAAAAAGCCCACCAAAUAGUAGCCGCCGCAGAAAUCCCACAGUUACUAGUAAAAUAGAAAAUAAAAAAGAAAUUAACUAAUAAAAAUAAAGAAAAAAAUAAAAGUGCAUAAAAAUAAAAUAAAUCGCAAUCUACUCCAAAAUCCAAAAGGAAAACAACAAUAACUCACUGCUGGAGACUGCAAAGACCCACAAACAGUACGAACAGCAGCAAUUCAGAAUUUUCACAAUUUUAGCUAAUCCAUAUUAGCCACCACGCACGCAUUUAGAUAAUUGUACGUAUAAUAAGACAUGCGCCUUGAUUCCAAUUCCAAUGAGGAUUGUAAGACGUCGACAGACUCGUCAUUGUGCAAAGUAAAAUUUGACACACUCUCAGUCUGGGGUGGCUCAGAGAAGACAGAUACCCGUUUGCCAAUAACGGACUAUUCCACUUUGGGCGGACCACGACACAAUUGCAGUCCAUUUCCGCUAUCGAAAGAUGUUAAUAAUCGCUUCGUGUUGUGGGAGGGCGAUAUAACCACACUCGAAGUGGACGCAAUCACAAACAUUAUCGAGGAGACACAAAACGAGACUAAUCCAAUUGCCGAACGCAUUUAUGCCGCUGCCGGUAAUCAGUUGAAAGAAGAAUUAAGCAAUAACUUAAAAGAGUGCCGGACUGGUGAGGUGUGCGUCACUCGUGGCUACAAUUUGCCAGCCAGGCAUGUGCUACACACCGUUGGACCAGCUGUUAAGGAGACAUCAAAAAGUGCUGCUGAAAGUGCAUUGCAUUACUCUUAUAGAAAUGCUUUGUCCAAAGCUAAAGAACUAAAUCUACGUACAAUCGCCGUCAACAACUUAAGUGCCAAUCAGAGUAGUUUCCCAGCCGACUUAGCUGCCCACAUAGCGUUGCGUACAAUUCGUCGAUUUUUAGAUAAAUAUCUAACACAAAUUGUGAUAUUGUGUGUGAGUGCACACGAACGUGGCAUUUAUGAAGUGCUAGCGCCGCUCUACUUUCCACGCGAUCAUCUCGAGGAGCGUAGUGCCCUGUGGCAAUUGCCAAAAGAUAUUGGCGGGGAAUUGGGUGAACCUCAGCAUCCUGACCGACAAAUACGUAUCAUUCGUAAUCCGCAGCAUAGCGUCCUAAUGCGACACACCGACGACGAUUCUGAUAAUAGUCCACACGAUAUGGAAGGUAACGGUUCGGAUUUAGAGAGCGGAUUCACCGAUAUGAAUGGUGUGAGCCUUAAUAACUAUGGUGGCGUCACAUCGGCCGCCUAUUCACAGAUGCAGAUCGAUCUGGAUCGACAACAUCUAUUAGGCAACCGAAAUCAAGUAUUUGAGAGUGUUAUUGCUGAUGGUCUGGAAGGCUUAGAGCAUCAAGAACGAUAUGAACGUCUUUUGCAUCGUGCUCAAAUCGAGGAUCUUACAGAAGUCUCCGGCAUUGGGUGCCUGUAUCAAAGCGGUGUCGAUCGCUUGGGCCGACCAGUGAUCGUAUUUUGCGGUAAAUGGUUCCCAGCACACAACAUCGACCUGGAGAAGGCACUUUUAUAUUUGAUUAAACUUUUGGAUCCCAUCGUUAAAGGGGACUAUGUAAUUGCGUACUUCCAUACUUUGACUUCAACAAAUAAUUAUCCAUCACUUCACUGGUUGCGUGAAGUUUACAGCAUAUUACCAUACAAGUAUAAGAAAAACCUAAAGGCCUUCUAUAUUGUACAUCCAACAUUCUGGACAAAGAUGAUGACCUGGUGGUUCACAACAUUCAUGGCGCCCGCCAUUAAGGCCAAGGUGCACUCACUUCCCGGUGUCGAGCAUUUAUACUCCGCCAUUUCCAAGGAUCAAUUAGAGAUACCCGCAUAUAUCACCGAAUACGAUAUGACGAUCAAUGGCCUGCAUUACUUUACGCCUAUUCCGACUACAUCAUAGAUAUCGAUUGUGGCUAUUUAGUUGAUUUCAUGUUCCAGCCUAAAAGCAUAGCAGCAACAACAAUAAGCGCGUAGUUUCGUAUAAAUACACAUACAUACAUACAAAAUUGUAAAAUAAGAAAUUCUGUGACUAACAAUCCGACAAAACGCUGAAUGUUGUACCUACUGACACACACAGGUGUGAACCCACAUACAUAUGUACAUAAGUACAUGCUGAUUCCACACACACACACAGUGCAUACUUAAUUACAUAUACAUACUUACGUUUUGUCAAUGAAAUUAUAUUACAUAGUACUUAUACAAAUAGAUUAAUGAAGGCAUAUUACAUGCAGUACAUACAUACAUAUAUAACACACACACACACACACGUAUAUAAAUGAAAUGAAAUAAAAUCAUAAUUAUAAUUAUUAAUAAAACGAGUAAGAUGUAAUUUUAUUGCAGUGAUGAAGCGAGAGUAUUGUUAUAAAAAUUGUUAUUUUGUGCGAGAAAAAUAAAUGAUUAGCAUGCCUAGAUAUUCAAAAGUGAAAACCCAACAACAAAAUUUUAAUUAGUAACUGAAAAACGUACAGUAGUUAUGUAGCGCAGCUAAAAAAAAAAAGUAUAAGCUGAUAUUGUAAAUCCAAAAACAAAUAUAUUAUAUAUAUACAAUAUUAAAUAUUGAAAACAGUACAGCAAAAACUAAAACAAACCAAAAUGUUCUUAUGAUGAGAAUAGUUAAUUAGAACAAUUCGGUCGAUUAGGAACGAUUUAAAAAUUGAUCUAGCAAUAAUUGCACUUAUUUACAAUAAAAAAUUUACUCACGCAUGUACAUACAUACAAUGGCAAACAUACACAUUCAUAUUUACCUAUAAGGAUAGAUGUGCUCGUACUAAAUACAUACAUAUAUAUUUGACUUAAAUUAUUACAUAUAUACAUUGUAUUGUAUUGUAUUGUAUAUUCGCAGUAAUUGUUAAUGUUAUUACGGUUAUUUUUAUAAUUGCAUAAAUAUAUGUAUGUACAUUUGUUAAUUAAAACAUAUACCAAAUUUUGUAUUGAUAAAAAAUAAACAUCAUAAAUAUCAAUGUCAGCAGUGGCAGUAGAAUAAAAUCAAUUAUAUUUUUGCAAAAACCAUUUAAUAACAAAAUAAGCAACAAUAACAGCCUACAGAAAUACCUACAUAUAUAUGGAUGGACAUACAUUCACACAUGCCUAAGUGCUGAUGUUUUGUUAAGCGCCAACGAGUAGUUAAACCGAUUUUUUUAUUUGCAAAUACAAACAUGCACGUGCAUACAUAUUUACUUAUGAGCAAAUUUAUUACAUCGCAUGAUUUGUCGAUUUGCAAAUACGUUGCGCAGCGAAAUGCCAUCCAACCGUAUAUUUUUGUCAGUCACUGUGCUAAACAAAACACAAACUGAACUAAAGAACAAUCAAUUUUGUUAUUAUCUUUCAACAAUUGAAGAUAAGAGUGUAGAAAAUUAACCAAAAUAUUUAAAAUGAUUUAUGUUUUUUUAUUCUCCGAACGUCAUAAAUGGCAAUAAGCCAUGAGUGGCCGGCAAUUCUUAUUUUUUUAUUUGUAUUUUUUAGUAUAUGAAUUUAGUGUUUUACUGAUUUGUGUGCUUUUUACGUAAUAUUUGGUUUAUUUACAAAUUAUAAAAUAAAAUAAAAGAAUAUUAAUAAUAAUAAUGAUAAUAAUAGUACUAAACCAA